CAUCCAUGUGACCUUGGAUUUUUAUUUUCUAGUGGUUAUUUCUGUUCUUAUCGGCCUAUGUGCCUGUCUUUCAGCCCUACUGAGUUUGCAUUGAACUUUUGUUUUCCUUGUUUUUGCAUGGUGUAUGAUCACCAAUGCCUUACCUUGUAUUUUGGCUUUUUGCGUUGGAUGGAAUUACUCAGUGUUAAAAAAGAAAAAAUUACAGUUAAUCCAACGGCUAUGGAUAAACAUCAAUACUGACGCGUGAACGACAGAAAAUAAUUAGGUUUAAUCCGCACGUAACUCACGAGAAGAGUGGAGAGAGAGAGAGAGAUGGGGAUAUCAGGUUCAAAGCGAGUCAAGACGACUCUAUCCAACUCGCCCGAGUUCCACUCGGCUUGUGACUCAGCGUACGAGGAGUCUCUUUCUCUCGCUCAGCAUGCUUUCGCCGGCGUUCGCCCCUACCAACUCCUCUCCGCCGCCGCCCACAUCCACCGGAACCUCUUCUCUUUCCCUCUAAUCAUCAGGUGGGUCCCUUCUCCUCCGAGUCAGUCCCAAGUCGACUCAGCUCUCCGAGUCAUCACCUCCCGAGUCACGGCGGCGGAUAUUCUCGGGCCGGAGGACUUCAAGGAGUGGGCCAUCGAGGUUUUCACGGGAACCGUUGUGGGAAACGCGAGGAAAGCGAUAGCGAGUCGGAUUCCGUUAGGAAUCGCCGGAAUAGCUGGGAUCGGCGCCGUGACUCGGUCAGGACAGAACCUGAUCGGAGCCGCGAUUGGUGUGUACGCAGUUGGAGUUGCAACUUCGGUUUUUCUCAGCCUCUCUGACUAAAAAAAAACAUUAGUAGUGUUAUGUUUUGUUCUUCGCACGUGGUUCUGUUUCAAGAAAUGUACGGAGAUUUUCUUUGUAAACUGGUUCUGACAACUGAAAUGAGUUUGGUAAUGAACUAUGUGAUUGUUGUCUUUAAAUCUUCCCUUAAAUCUUGUAUAUAUCGGUACCCUAAAUUCUUAGCAAUCAUCUUUCUCAGCA